AUGUACUCGUAUCCACCGGUUCCCUACAGUCAUGGAAACCCAGCUUACGACGGAUGCCCUUCACCAGGCCACACCUUCUCAGCGUGGGAACUCAGUGAAUACGGACCGUACCACCACCUCAGCGAAGCAUGUAAUCCGUACCUUCCCAAUCCGUUUCCUGGUUCGAAACGCUACAAGCCUGGCGAUGUGUGGGAGGGGGACCCCCGGGUUCAAGGAUAUCCCAACCCUUACCAAGUUCACGGCAGCUUGAACGACAGUUUUGGCAACGGCAGCUUCAAUGGAGCAAUUGCCCCAACGUUGCCUAUACCUGGAUCUACAGGGUCCGGAUGGGAAGGCGAAUUCGGCUUCGACGUCAACGGAAACAGAGGAUUCAAGGAAACAGGCUCCAACGGAAAAGAAUGGCUCAAUCUCGGUGUACCCAGCGACGACCAUUUCUUGUUCAACCAUGAGCCCGUAGUAGAGCGCUACACCAAUGGGGUCCGGGACGAACCCACCAAUUCCCACAAAAGACGACCCAGGCGCCGAAGACGACCAUCUCCUCCGCCUCCACUAAUUCCACCUCCUCCACAAUAUCCUCCUCCCCCUCCACCACCACUUCUUCCGAAAGCCAGAUCAGCCGAUGCCCUUUUACAAAGUGUCACCACGUUCUCCCCCACCGCUGCAGACCUCAACCUCCACGACAGGCACUUCUUUCCCAAAACCUACACGGAGGAGCGUUUGCAGGCAGUUCUUGCCGGAAACCACCCCAUUGGAUUGACGCCGUGA